AUGUUCCAGUCAUACUGGCAGAGGCUGGCUGACAGCAUCAAGGGACAAAAUACACCGUCCGUAGGCAAGCAGGCAGGCAGCGAACCCCAGCAGCAGCAGCAGCAGGCCUCCGCGACGUCCACGACAGCCGAGGGGCCGGUAGAAGCGGCCGGGAGCAGCUUGCCUCAGAAUAACACCGGAAAACGGCCACAGCCUCUUUUGAUUCCUGCCCCGCCGCCAAGUCCGCCAGCUGCCCCCAAGUGUUAUUUUCCUGAUGCCAAGGAGUUCUUCCACCUCAUGCACCACGUCAUGCAGGCGGCUAAUUGGAACAUCACACCCCGACAGCAAUCCCAACAGGUGGAGGAAGCGGAUGUAGAGGACAUCGAGGUGGACCUCGAGGACGUGCAGGAGCUCAGCCCCAUUCCCACCGCAACCCCGGGCUCUCAGCCCGCCUCUCUCAACGGCAAGCAGGCCAGCGGCGGAAGCGGAGCUGGCGCUCCUGCUCCGCCCUUUGGUCCCCACGGCCGGACCAGCGGAACAUUAUUCCAGCAGAGCCCCUCCAAUCUGGGUCCGGGGCGAGCUGCGGCUGGGACCCACACGCAGCCGCGCAGUAACAGCGGCCAGAACGCGACGGAGGAGCAGCAGCGGGGUGGCCAUGAUGAUGAUGAUGAGGAGGAGGAGGAGGAGGAGGACGGCGUGGAGGAGUUUACGGCGGAGGCAGAGAGCCCGCCACCGGGCUCAUCGCCAACGGCGCUGAUCUACUCGCAACAGCGCCAACAACAAGAAAACGACGAGCAAGAGCGAGAACAGGGAAAAGAACACGAGAAGCAGGAGGAAGAGCAACCAUAUCUACAACAGACGCUGCAGCAGCGGGUUCGGGGCUCUUUUGGAUCAACACCCGCCGAGGAAUCUUCCUGCGGCCAAGAUAAGCUCCGUCAAACCCAGGAGCGACAGCCGAUGCGGUGUACUCAGUCGCUACAUGGCCAGCAGCAGCAACAGGGAAGCGAGGAUGCAGAGCUGUCGGCACGCCAGGACGAGGAGGAGGAUGGAGGUCGGCAGCGGUCCCGCUCUCCAUCGCCUAGCAGCGAUUCGGACUUUGAUGACGACGAUGAGGAGGAAGAGGUAGAAGAGCCGGCGGGGGACGGGGUGAGGAAGGAGGAGAAAGGUGUGCAGGAGGUGAUGGCUGACAGGGAGUGGCCGGAGGACGAGAUGGUGGAGAGGGGGGAAGGUGAUGGGAGGUUGGGGGAAGCAGCGAGGGCGGAGGGCGGCCCUCAUAAUUGGUUUGCGGAGGAGCAGCAGCAGCUACAGCAGCAGGAGCGUGGAGGUGGGGAGGAGGAGAUAGAAGAGGAGGAGGAGCAGGAGGAGGAAGAGGACUUAGGGGCUGGAGCUGGUGGCAAGGAUGCCAACUCCGUCGUCGCAGCCGCGCAUGACACGGGCGGACGGGCGGAGUUUCCGGAAGCAUCAGUAGUGAAGCCGGAGGCAGAUCCAACCCCUCAGCCGCCACCGUCGCUGCAGCCGCCGCAGAAAGAGGUGGAGCCCCAGCAGCCCCAGCCCCAGCAGCGGCCGCUUUCUGCCGGAGGCCGGAAGCCCGCUGCGGGGCCGCACGCGCCCAUCCGUCCAUCACCAUUGGGCCAGUCAUCCCGACGUGGCGGUGGGAGCAGCGGUGGCAAUGCCCUGGCCCGGCAAGACAGCGGGUUCUCUGAUGGAUCCGACCUAUCACUACCCGGCGAGUACGAACGGUACGGCGCCUGCAGCAGCGACGAUGAUGAGGCCGCGGACCGUCAAUACGAACAGGCCCUGAAUGCGGCCGGGGGGCAGCUGGCCCCGGGCACCGCCGGCCGGGCCUCCGUUACCAGUACACCUGCUGCUGCUGGCGGGGCUGCCGGCGGUUGCGGCACAGGCGCUGCCGGCAGCACCGCGGGUGUGAGCCUGGCGGACGUUGCGGUCAGCCCCGGCGGGAUGCCUCGGAAAUCCGGCUACGAGAAUCCCAUUUGGCGGGAUGUCCUGGAAGACGAGGACCCGGAGGUGCGCCGUGAGAUCGAGGAUUGGGUUGCUUUAAAAGUUUUGGUUAGAAAUGUCAAGCAGACGACCGAUCGCCGAUCGUUUUAG